AUGCUGAAUGGCCAUCCCGUGUGCCGCCGAGGUGGCGGCUUGAUGCCGAAGGCCCGACGCUUCUUGUCCAUUUGUCUGGGAGGAACCCUGUUGCUGUCCGGGCUAAAAGGCAUCGAAGGCUCUUUUGAAGACGGGCUGCGACUCAGAGGAGUGGAGGGAAAUUCUGAAGACCCAUCAUCUCCGGCGACAGUCGCCACCUGCCAACUGAAGAGCAGCAACCCACUUGACAAAACCGAGUUGACUCUGUCGAAGGAGAGCCCUACGGUUUCAUUGCGGUGCCAAGGUGAGCAGUUCGAUUUCGUCCCGAAAAACGAAAAAAACGUAUGCAUCUCUAAAGACGAUAAAGCAACUCUCAAGGACUGCAGGGACAAGCCGGGAGAUGCCACAAGCGACUCGAUCACCCUGGAAGGCCUCCUCGGAACGAAAGGCCCAAUCCAGUGGAGCGGGAACGGCGUCGCCGACAAAGUCGGCAACAAGGAGCGAACUCUCAAACUAGACGAGUCGCAGCUGCCCUUUGCGGACAAGUCAUUCUUUGUCGGUUGCCUGAACACCCCGGAAGAGGAGCCCGAAAAAUGCAAAGUUAAAGUCAGUGUGCUUGCGAGAGAGUCGUCUGUUAAAGAUAACGUCGUCACAUGCGCCUACGGUGCAGACAGUAACAAGGCCAGUCCACUAAAAGUAGAUCUCACAGAGGCUAACAGCACGCUGGAGCUCUUUUGCGGGACAGAAGGGAUGGUACAGCCUGAGUCUUACACAUCUAAAUUCUGCGAGGACGAAGCCAUGAAGAAAUGCGAGAACAACUACAAGGACACUCUCCCAGGUUUCGAAGCAACUUGGUGGAUGCCAGCAACCGGUGGCGACGAGAGUACAAGGCUGACCAUUCCUGCGUCCGGGUUCCCUGCCGAGGACCAGUCGUUCUACGUCGGCUGCUCCCUCAAGUCGACAUUGACCAAGCCUGACGAGUUGCCAAGGAAUAAUCAUGUGCAGUCGCCUUCUGCGAAAUCUUCACCCUGCAAAGUCUUGGUGACAGUGAAGGCCGCUAGCUCUGAUGCAGCUGCAGUUUACGGCGUCCGGGCUGUUACGGCACCUCUUGGUAUUAUCGCGCUGACCGGUAUCUUCGCCUGUGAUUUGUGA